AUGAUGGCAAAUGAUAUGAACAGUACUUUUGCUAAUGAAGAAUCUUUAGCUUAUCAACAACUUCCUAUCACAUUUCCUGUUCGAUUUUGGAUUUAUCUCAUUUCCAACACUUUAUCACUACCAUGCUGUUUCUUCAUUCUCUUUCAUCUUCUAUUCAAUCGAAAUCUUCGUGAAACAUUAAGUAAUCAUAUAAUCAUUGUGAUACUCCUACUGGUUUUGAUUAUGGAAUGUACUUACUUUCCUCUUGCCAUUCACUACUAUCGACUUGGUGGAAAUUGGCAUGUACAACGUCCGUUUUCUCAACUCUGGACGUAUUCUCUCUUUGGAUUUUUUCCCACUCAAACCGUCGUUUUUGCCUGGUGUACUAUUCAAAGACAUAUACUUAUCUUUCACAGUCAAUUACUAGCAACUAAAGCAAAUCGAAUUCUUGUGCAUUAUAUACCUUCAUCCAAUUUGUCAAUAUGUCGAUAUUCAAUCGACGGUAAUUGGUGUGUAUCUGCCUUGUUUUUUCCUCAAUUCAAUUCACUUAAAGAUCGAUAUCAUCGUUCAUCAGAUCACUCCAAUAGUAAUUAUAAUCACUUCAACUCUUGCCCUUUUCUUUCGUUUCCAAAGGCAGCGAGCUCACCUGAGACAAUCGAUGCAAUGGAGGAAACAAAGAAAGCUGAUCAUUCAAGUUCUAUCAAUCGUCACAGUUUUUGGCAUUUUUCAAUUUCCAUGGGCAGUUUUAGAGUCAUGGUAUUUGUUUGGUUUACCAUUAAGUUCAUUAGACGCAGUUCAAAACUACAUGCUGUUCUUUAA